AUGACACUGGCCACGCUAAUCGUUACGGCAACGAAACUUGCCGGAGCCUUAGCCUCCGUCACUGUCGCGGCCAACGCCUUCUCCUUCUCGCGCUUCAAACGGAACAACCUAACGCCGUUUGACUCCCCCGUCGACGAUUCCGCCGAUGUUCUCGCCCAAUUCAACAUUAAUCCCACCUCCGAAGGAGAAAAGGGGUUUUUUUUCGGAUUAGCUACAGCACCAGCACAUGUUGAAGACAGGCUGAAUGAUGCUUGGCUUCAGUUUGCUGAACAAACACCUUGUGACCAUCCAGACUCCCAAAUAGCUGGCGGCACCACCGAAUCAGCCGAUGCAAUUCUUGCCUCCGCCGGAGGUGACGGUGGUUCUCAACCAGCGGCACCACCACCGCCGCCAGAUAGAGAAGCCAACAAGAGCUUCAAGAGAAAGAAGCAGCUCAGAAUAGCCAUGGAAGCCAAAAUACGAGGAUAUGAAAAAUACGAAGAAAUUGAUCAAGAACCUAACCCUAGCGAAGAAUGUCAUCACUCUGUUGCAUCUUGGCAUAAUGUUCCACACCCGGAAGAGAGACUGAGAUUUUGGUCUGAUCCUGAUACAGAGCUAAAGUUGGCUAAAGAUACCGGGAUUCAAGUCUUCCGAAUGGGAAUAGAUUGGACAAGAAUAAUGCCCGACGAGCCAAUUAACGGUCAAAGAGAUACCAUCAACUUCGCAGCACUAGAGCGAUAUAAAUGGAUCAUCAACAAAGUCCACUCGUACGGAAUGAAAUACGGAAUGAAAGUAAUGCUAACACUCUUCCAUCACUCUUUGCCGCCAUGGGCGGCUGAGUAUGGAGGGUGGAAGAUCGAGAAAACCGUCGAUUAUUUUAUGGAAUUUACCAGACUUGUCGUGGACUGUGUAUCGGAUUUGGUGGACUAUUGGGUGACUUUCAACGAGCCACACAUUUUUUGCAUGCUCACUUAUUGUGCUGGUGCAUGGCCAGGUGGCAACCCCGACAUGCUCGGCAACCCCGACAUGCUCGAGGCUGCCACGUCAGCUCUGCCAACUGGCGUCUUCAACCAGACCAUGAAUUGGAUUACUAUUGCACACUCCAUGGCCUAUGAUUAUAUCCAUGACAAAAGUGAAAUUUCGAAUGCGAUCGUUGGAGUAGCACACCAUGUCCCUUUUAUGAGACCUUAUGGAAUAUUCGAUAUAGCUGCUGUGUCGGUAUCUAAUUCGUUGACUAUGUUUCCUUUUAUGGAUAGUAUUUCUGAAAAGUUGGAUUAUAUUGGGAUUAAUUACUACGGACAGGAAGUGCUUUCUGGUGCUGGAUUGAAGCUCGUAGAAAGCGACGAGUACAGUGAAUCUGGACGUGGUGUUUAUCCAGAUGGAUUGUACCGCGUUUUACUACAUUUUCAUGAUAGAUACAAACAUUUAGGGUUACCGUUUAUUAUUACGGAAAACGGUGUUUCAGAUGAGACGGAUUUGAUCAGGCGGCCGUACAUUUUGGAACAUUUAUUGGCAACUUAUGCAGCAAUGAGCAAGGGUGUACCCAUUCUUGGUUAUCUUUUCUGGACAAUAUCUGAUAAUUGGGAAUGGGCUGAUGGAUAUGGUCCUAAGUUUGGGCUCGUUUCAGUUGACCGGUCGAAUAAUCUUGCUCGAAUUCCGAGACCCUCAUAUCAUUUGUUCUCGAAGGUAGUAAAAACGGGUAAAAUAACACGGCUAGAUAGAGCUCAAGCGUGGAAUGAACUUAAAAUGGCUGCUAAAGAGGGAAAAACGAGACCGUUUUAUCGUGCAGUUGAUAAACGUGGUCUCAUGUAUGCUGGAGGGCUAGAUAAACCGAUAAUGAGGACUUAUACUGCACGCGAUUGGCGAUUUGGGCAUUACGAAAUGGAAGGGCCUCAGGACCCGUUGAGCCGUUUCUCGAGAUUUAUUCUCAGACCGUUUUUGUUUACGAAGAAAAUAAAACAUAGUACAGAGUCUGAUGAUGAAUUGGUUCUUGACCCUAUUUAA